ACACCCCCCCCUCUGUCCAGCCUACAGUGACGUUUCUUUUUGAAGGUCUGUGCUUGGCUUUUAUGCAAUCCUGCAGCUUCUUCCGCACCACGUUAAAUAAGCAUGCUGUGCCUUUGUAUGAUCAGGCAGAAGGGCUGGAAGGGAUCACAGACAAGGAGAAACCUUCAGAGGAGACACAAGUGCUGGAGUUGAACAAGUGGCCUCUUCCGAGGCAGAUCUGUGGAGUGGCCCUAUAAAACUCUCCUGUCUGGAUGCCCAGCCCAGUGCAGUCCUCAUUCUGACCUCUGAGGGUGAGUUUGCCGAGCACAAGAAGCAGCAGUGUGUGUUGGCUCGGCCAAGGCAACACGAGUAGUGAUCCCAGCACCAGAGAUGGGCAUUGGUCGGAACCCGUCAUCCAAGGCAAUGGAAUCCACAAACUCAACAGAUGGGAAAUAUGAGGAGGAAUCCAAGCAUACAGCUUUUUUCACCCUGCCAGCGGUGAUAAAUGGAGGAGCUGCUUCUAGCGUUGAUCAGGACAAUGAAAAUACAGAACUAAUGGCUAUUUAUACCACUGAGAGUGGCAUUGCAGAGAAGAGCUCAUUGGCAGAGACACUGGAUAGCACUGGGAGUCUAGAGCGGCAGCGGCUUGAUAUGAUCUACACAGUGGAGGAUGUCCCUCCCUGGUACCUCUGCAUUUUUCUGGGUUUACAGCACUACCUGACAUGCUUCAGUGGGACAGUAGCUGUCCCGUUCCUGCUGGCGGAAGCCAUGUGUGUAGGAUUUGACCAAUGGGCCACCAGCCAACUCAUUGGGACCAUUUUUUUCUGUGUAGGAAUCACUACUUUGUUCCAGACAACUUUUGGCUGCAGGUUACCAUUGUUCCAGGCAAGUGCAUUUGCCUUCCUAGCCCCAGCUCGUGCCAUUCUAUCCCUUGAGAAGUGGAAAUGUAAUGCUACAGAUAUAUCCAUCAGCAAUGGAACGGAGCUGCUCCAUACGGAACAAAUCUGGUAUCCAAGGAUACGUGAGAUCCAAGGAGCGAUCAUUAUGUCUUCACUGAUUGAAGUUGUAAUUGGCUUUCUUGGGCUCCCUGGAGCAUUACUAAGAUAUAUUGGGCCACUAACCAUCACUCCUACUGUGUCCCUCAUUGGUCUAUCUGGAUUUCAGGCUGCCGGGGAGAGAGCAGGAAAACACUGGGGCAUUGCAAUGCUCACCAUUUUCCUGGUCCUGCUCUUCUCCCAGUAUGCAAGGAACGUCAAACUGCCGCUGCCCAUCUACAAAUCCAAAAAAGGAUGGACCGCGUACAAGCUGCAGCUGUUCAAAAUGUUCCCCAUUAUUACGGCAAUACUUGUGUCCUGGCUCCUCUGCUUCAUCUUUACUGUGACAGACGUUUUCCCUCCAGAUAGCAGCAAAUAUGGCUUCCACGCCCGCACUGAUGCCAGGCAAGGGAUCCUGGCGGUGGCCCCAUGGUUUAAGGUUCCCUACCCAUUUCAAUGGGGUCUCCCUACGGUGUCCGCUGCCGGUGUUAUUGGAAUGCUGAGUGCAGUAGUAGCAAGUAUUAUAGAAUCCAUUGGGGAUUACUACGCCUGCGCACGCCUGUCCUGUGCUCCCCCUCCUCCAAUCCACGCCAUCAACAGAGGGAUUUUUAUUGAGGGUCUUUCCUGUGUCCUUGAUGGGGUGUUUGGUACUGGAAAUGGAUCCACCUCAUCCAGCCCCAAUAUUGGUGUGCUUGGCAUCACUAAGGUUGCCAGUCGGAGAGUUAUCCAGUAUGGUGCUGCCUUCAUGCUGCUGUUGGGGAUGAUUGGAAAAUUCAGCGCCCUCUUUGCUUCUCUCCCUGAUCCUGUUCUUGGGGCUCUGUUCUGCACCCUUUUUGGAAUGAUCACUGCCGUGGGGCUCUCCAACCUCCAGUUUGUGGAUCUCAACUCAUCCCGAAACCUCUUUGUCCUAGGAUUCUCUAUCUUCUUUGGGCUCAUGCUUCCCAGUUAUCUAAAACAGAAUCCAUUGGUCACAGGUAUAGUAGGGAUUGAUCAAAUUCUAAAUGUACUUUUGACGACAGCCAUGUUUGUCGGAGGUUGUACGGCUUUUAUUUUGGACAAUACUAUUCCAGGCACACCUGAGGAAAGAGGAAUCCGCAAGUGGAAGAAGGGCGUGGGCAAAGGCUCAGCCAUUGAAGGACUGGAGUCUUACGACCUGCCAUUUGGAAUGAGCUUUCUGCGGAGAUACAAGUGUUUCAGUUACCUUCCCAUUAGCCCCACAUUUGCCGGCUACCAAUGGAAGGCUCUGAGGAAAUGCAGUAAUAGAGCUGAGGAGGAACCUGAGCCAGCGGUAUAACCCUGGCCCCCGGUUUGCUCUCAUUGUGCAGUGUACAGUCUUUGCAAAAUUUUACCAGGUUUACCAAGCCUUGAACCAGAUGUGUUUUUUGUAUAUUUACAUAUAAUUCCAGGGCAGAGACCCAGGGUGCAGUAUGGGCUUUAUUAACACUUUCUUCUUUAUAUAUAUAUAUAUAUAUAUAUGUUGUUCUGCUAAUGCAGUAAGUUUAUUAAUUAACUGAUUGUCCUUGUCUUUACCCUUUUCAGUCCCAUUCUGCUGAACACUGUAUAUUUUUUUUCCACCUUCCUUCUCUGGCUCAGAAUGGUGGGCUCCUAAAUUGUCUAAGGGUUUAUCUGAAGACUGACUGUUUAAAUGGGUAUUCAUGCCCAUCCAAGGGUACUCAGUUGCCCUCUGUCUCAGCUCGGGAAUAGUUAACUUAUUGCAGUCCUGUCUUCUAUUAUUUAUGCCCCACCUCCCCACAAUUAUGUGGGCUCUUGUGGAAACAGCACCUUCCUUCUAUCCCUCUGAAUUUAUAUAGAAACUGUAAAUCAAUUUCCCCCUUUUCUGAAAGACAUGUGGUAGUUUUGAAUGCCAUGAUGCUGUGUGGGCAAACCAUAGUGGGCAAUGUUGGUAACAAAACAGGAAGUGAUAAUCUGAGAAAAGUUAGUCCUCAUUUUUUUUUGUGGUGUUCAGGAACAACUUCCUUCCAACCGAGAACUGGAAUUACCUACUGGUUGAUAGGUUAAAGAUCCUAGUAACCAGAAAGAGGAAUAGAGACAAGGGUGGAUUUUUAUUUAUAAGUAUUUAUUGAUUACCCUUCCAUGGCCCCCCUCGCCUGCCAUUUUCCCAGCAUUCUGAAAAUAAAAAAUGUGCUCUAAUAUGAAACCACGUCCAAUGAAAACCAGUUGCUUUUUUUUCAGAUAAACACUUUCUGAUUCUUUUUCAUUUGAAUUUAUUUCUUCAGAAUCCAAGACCUCAUUAUUUGAAG